CGUCACUUCCGGCGCGCUGCGGCCUGGCGCGAUGGCGGCGCGGCGGCCGGCGCGGCGGGACCGGGACCGGGACUCCGAGCCCGAGCGGGCCGGGAUGGCGGCGCUCCCCGAGAAGACCGUGAACGGCUGGGUCCUGCAGUUCUACUUCCACCGGGCCAUAGAGGCGUACCGCUCCGGGCGCAACCGUGAUUUCCGCCAGUUCCGCGACAUCAUGCAGGCGCUGCUCGUGCGGCCGCUGGACAGGGAGCCGGACAUGGCGCAGAUGCUCCGCAUAAUGCAGCUGCUGUCGCGGGUCGAGGAGGGCGAGAACCUCGACUGCACCUUCGACAAGGAGUCAGAGCUGACCCCCCUGGAGUCGGCCAUGCUCGUGCUGGACUUCAUCCGUGAGGAGUUCUCCGUGGCUGACAGGACCAUGGAGGCCGUGCAGAAGAUGGUGAAGGAGGCUGCUGUUGUUGUUUGCAUCAGGAACAAGGAGUUUGAAAAGGCCUCUGAUAUUGUCAAGAAGCACAUGGGGAAGGAGCCCAGAAACCAAAAGAGGAGGAAUGAGUGGCUGGCUGUCAUCCGGGAGAAGAACCCCUCUCACCCAAAGGUCAAAAACUUCUCCUACGAGGACUUCCAGCAGAGCAUCUUCGAGUUCCUGCAGGGCUUCGUGGACGACUCGGAGCCGGCGCUGCUGAGGCUGCUGAAGAAGACUUUGGACUCGGAGCACAAAGGCAAACCCUCGCUGGGGACGUCGGGGUUUGCAGAUGGGCUGGACGACCAGGCAGCACCUCCCGAGGCCUCGGGAAGGGCAGAGAGCCCAGCCAGAGCCCCAGAGCCUGCAGGAGCAGCAGACGACCUGGAGGGAGCUGCCAGCCCUGCAAAAAGGGCAGCUGGUCCCACAGCAGCUCCAGAGAUGAUGGAAGAAGCCAGUGGCCCUGCAGCAGCUGUGGAACCUAUGGAAGCAGUCAGUGACCCAGCAGCAACGCCUGAACAUUUAACAGCAGCCUAUGAUAUCCCAAAGGGAACUCCAGAGCCCAUGGAAGUGGCUAAAGAACCAGCAGCAGCAGCAGCCCCAGAACUGCCCAGGGUGUCCACCAGGGAACCACAAAGGCAGCCCCCUGGAGCUGUAACCUCGUGUGGGAUUUCUGUUCUGAGAGAAGCUUUCAAGAUCCUGUCGGACUCCGGGGACCCGGACGCCCUUUUCAGCAAACUGGACCAAACAGACUUGCCUUCCCCCAAGCAACUGUCUCCUUCUGUAUCCCACAGAACCAAGAGAUGCAGAGAAGUGGAGAAUCAAGCUUCUGAGACCUCAGAGCCUACUGAAAUGCCCCAUAAGAUCAAAAACUUGUUCAGCAUAAGCAAUCUGAUCGUGGAGUUGGAUGGCUCGUCCAGCAAGUCGAGCGAGUGCCCCGACUCUUCCCAGGAGCACGUGGUCUCUUCUGCUUCCAAACCUGCUCCAAAGCAGCCUGAUGAGCCCAUGUCUGCCCAGAGUGAGAAGUCUUUCCAAGGGAGGUGGAACAGCUCCUGUGGCACGGAGGAGAAGGACAGUUGGAGUGAUGAGGAUGAGCUCUUCGCAAAUGCAACAUUACUUGAGAAAAGCAAAGCCUCCAACAUCUCCAGCUCCAAGAAACAGAAAUGGACCAUGGAGGAGAGCGAGUGGAUCAAGGAGGGGGUGAAGAAGUACGGAGAAGGGAGGUGGAAAACCAUCUGCCUGAAGUUCCCCUUCAGGAACCGCACCUCGGUGAUGAUCAAGGAUCGCUGGCGGACCAUGAAGAAACUGGGAAUGCUCUGAAGCUGGGAGCCACGGGACCUUCUUUUUGGUUUUUGGACCUUGGUUUGGUUUUUGGAAGCUGGACAGGAGUGCAGUCUGUGCCAGUGUGGCAAGGCCCUCUGACACCAGAACCAUGACUGAAAGGAACCCAGGAGCCGUGUGCUCCAGCUGUAUCUGCUGAGAUCAGAGUGCUGCAUGUGGCAGUGGCUGUGCAGCUUCUCAGCAUGAAUUUAGACUGAGACUUCCUUGUCCACCUGACCACUGCAGCCUCUGGAAUGAAUCCCAGCUGUUUGCUGUGCUCAGGGGUGAGCAGAGGAUGAUCUCAUAGGUGAUUAUUUUUUUGUGUUUGCUGUCUGUUCAGUGAAUCACUUGUUUCAUCUGUUUGCCAUCACUCCCUUGUGAAACAGGCACCACUGAGUCCCAGCACUUCUGUGGGGAAGAGAUCCAGGCAAGAGGAUCUACUUGGGGUCUUUUUUUUUCUUUUUCUCCUAUUCAUUAAUGGGGGAAAAAUGCGUGAGGAGAAAUUCCUCCCUUCCAGCUCUGAGGCUUUAAAAAGCUAAAAUUACUUUGUGUUUCAGUACUUGGAACUGUUGGUUGUUUCUAUGCUAAAAUUUUUAGUUCUAUCUGAUUUUGGUCAUGUUUUCUUUGGACUUUUCCUGGUAGUAUCCUUGCUGUGUGUGAGCUCCAAGGGUGCCACAUGUUCCUGCCUUCCAAGUGCCAAAGCUGGAACAGUCAUUUGUAAAAUAAAGCUCCUUUCCUGUUUAAUAGCAA